AUGAACACUGUGAUUUUACAGUACCAUUGUCCCACCAAGACGACGCGGUUCAUCCCUGUUCUUGUACAAGCAGGUUUAAAGGCUAGCUCCAUCCUCCUUGAAUGUAGUCAGAAUGAACAAGACAAUAACCCAAAACUUGAUCAAGCUAGACGCCUAUUCACCUGGCCUGACAAGGAUCUUCUGUCAAAGGCGGAACGCUAUCCAGCUGCAAGUAGACUUGAUGUUUACCAAAACCUACUGAAACGAGAAGGUAUUCAACUGCGUGCAACCAAAGCCGACCUUGGGCUUGAAGUAUCCAAUCAGAAACGCCCUUUGAUUCCACCCGGUCACCGCGAACGUGCGAAGCGUCAAAGUGCCAAGCGGGCCAUGGAUCGAUUAAAAUCUAUUGUAUUCAAACAUCCAGUGUACGAAAUCCGUGUUCCCGAAGCCCUGGAAGGUGAAGAUAACACGGAUGUGGCCCAGAGAAUUCAAGAACAGCCGCUAGAAAACAACCAACCCAACAUGCACUGA